UCAGUAGCAGCAGCAACGACAAAGAAAAGGAAGACCUCGGCCUUCACAGCACAUGAGAAGGCCAAGAGAUUAAAAACCGAGCAGUACGGUGAUGAAGCGCUGCAGAGUGGACGUCUGUCUCGCCCGCCGAGGGUCUCCGUGCCGCUCGACCGCCUUCAACAACCAAUUACAUUGAACGAGCUGACAGAGCUGCUGCAUUACGCCGCUCUGGGGAAAACAGGUGGCAUCAAACAACCCAGUUGGUGCCGUCUCCACCAUCAGAGAAAGGUUGAAGGUGUAAACGUUGUGAUCGUGGAGGGUCUGACGCAGAGCCACUUUUACAAACACUACCUCACGCUGCGACACCUCAGGACCAAAUACACCACCAGGGUCACCUUCACUCCAUCAUCUAACAACGUAGCGUCUGGAAUUUUCAGCAGUGACCUUCCUGAACUUGACUGUUCAUCUAUUUCCAAACCAGACAAUGAAGUGCAUAGCGUACUGAAACGUCACCCAGUUAUCGCCAAGUUUGGAACCCAAAGGAAAGGACUGACAGCGUACGUUCUCACCCAGGAGGAGAUGAUCAAGAAGCACUACCCUGUGAAGGGAAUGCCAGGCUUUGAGGAAUUUGUGUGCACAGACAGUGUCGACUGCGUGACUGACAGCAGCCCUCUGUAUGGACUUGACUGUGAAAUGUGUCUAACAGAGAGGGGAUAUGAGUUGGCUCGUGUUUCUGUGGUGGACAGUGAUGGGAAGUGUGUUCUGGACGACCUGGUGAAGCCUCAGAACCGCAUCCUCAACUACCUCACCAAGUUCUCUGGUAUCACUGCAGCCAUGUUGCGACCAAUCACCACCACCCUGCGGGAUGUUCAGGACAAAAUCAGGAUGCUGUUGCCGGGCGACGCAGUUCUGGUGGGCCACUCCAUCAACAACGACCUCAUGGCUCUGAAACUCAUCCACCAGCAUGUAAUUGACACUUCGCUACUGUACAGGAGAGAGUUCGGUCAGAGGUUUAAGCUCAAGGUUCUGGCCGAGACGGUGCUGAAGAGGCAAAUACAAACUGAAGAGAAGAAGGGUCAUAAUCCCACUGAGGAUGCUGUGGCAGCCCUGGAGCUGGCCCAGUACUUCAUCAAAACAGGACCUCGUCAGGUUGUGGAGCUUCAUCUGGAGGAGCUGUGGGGAUACACAAUAGAGGAGGAGGAGUCCUCUGACUGCAAAUCUGCCAAAUCUGCUCCCACACCAAGUCACAGGUUUGCUGACGUGCUGCAGACACUCGGCCGGUCAGUAGUCUUUUUAGGAAAGCGUUCUGAUAUCGCCCUGAAUCUGUCCAACCAGCAGUGGCAUGGCUCUGACAAAGAGGUGCUGGUAUCUUUCAGGAGACAGACAAAGCAUCCUUUCCUCUCUGUCGUCCAGUUUUCUUCCUUCUCAGACCAUUUGAAAAGGUGCUUCCCUCAUCUGGAGCAGCAGCAGUACCGGAGUGUGUGUGCCAAUCUUCGGGAUAUGUGUGUGGUGUUUGCUGGGCCGUUCCCUGCAGGUUUCUCCGAGAGAGAAGUGAGGCGCCUGUUUUGUUGCUGUGGACCAGUUAGAAGAAUUAAAAUGCUGAACUCAAGUGUCAGAGUCCAUGCAGAGGUCGAGUUUGAGCUGCUAGAGGGAGCAAUGCUGGCUUUAAAAGCUCUGAAUGGACUUAAUGUGCUUGGACAGUCCAUGAAGGUGCAGAGGCCUGUGUAUGAGUCAAUGCUGGACCUGGAUCUGACUCUUGAUGCUAUAAUGGGUGACACUCUGAACACGACUCACCUCUAUGCUGUUAAACUGAACCCCAGCGCGGCUGAAUGCAUAAAGACACCUGUGAAGGUUAACGGACAUACGCUAGAAGCUGAAUGUUCUGGUGUCUCUCCUGUUAAAGCAGCAAACGGUUUGCAGGCAGCGAAAACAAGUCAGCUGCAGCUCACCAAGACCAGAUCUAAACUGUCUGAGGAGACAGUCAGGGAGACAUUUAGUCACUUUGGUACGGUGGAGAGAGUCACCCUGCCGGUCAAACCUGCAAAACACGCACGACAUGCACGUAUACAGUUUGAGAGUUCAGAGGGCAAACAUGCAGCUCUCAGUUCAUCUGAGGAUCUACGGAAAGAGAACUACCUCAUCUGUCAAUCUUUAACUCCAUCCCACUUGUCCUCAUGGGUCGCCAUGGCAAUGCCAGUGACCACAGUUGAUGCUGAUGAGGAAGCAGCGGAGGACAAGGACACAGCCAACGUGCACCACAGUUUUCAGGACCAGGAAAUGGAUCUCACGAUGAAGAAGCUGGACUGCCGCUUGGGAAAACUCUUCAGAUCUCUCCCAGACGGCACCUUGUCUGUGGUUGUGCUGCUCGGACAAACCAGCAUGAAUGGUCACUUUCCUGGGUUGUGUCUAAUGGAGGUCAAGCAAGGGUCUCGAGGAAACCGAGCAUAAACCUGCACCAACUAAACAUCUGCAGGUUCCGGGAUGCCUUAACUGUCAUCACCUGGAGGAAUUAAAUCAUUUAAAGACAAUAGAAAAGAUGCUUUGUGUUUUAGUGGGACAUCCUCAGACAUGUUUUUACUGAAAAAAAAACUACAAGCAGUAUUUUGCACAUUAAGACAAUUUUAGCUGUAACAUAAUUAGUUAUGGUCUGGAAGUACAAAUUAAGCACAUAGGAGCUGUGUAUAACUACUGGAUUAACAAUACUACACAAAAUCAACUUCACUUGUACAGUAUGGGUACAAUCAUAAAAACUGAACAAUGCACAGAACUCAGUGCUUCACACGCUGAGUAAUAGUUCAGUAAGUCUAGCACCUAUUGUCACAGACGAGUCGAUGCAUAAUUAAUACUAUUAAUGUACUGCAGUGAAUUAUCACUUCAACAAUUAAAGAGACUGCUGUAUUUUUAAAUAUGCAUUGGAUUUGUAAUUUUGGUACUGUGUGAAUAAACCUAUUCAAAUGCCAA